AUGGAAGAAACUAAGGACCUUGGUAUGAACUCGGUUUGCGAUAGUGACGAACCGAACAUAGAGGACGUAAAAUGGGGGAAAUUUCAUUUGAUAUUUGGAUCGGUCGAAAAUGUUCUUGACAAGUGUUCAGUUGACGCUUUAAAAUAUUCAAGUUGUCAUUUGCGUAAUCGUUUGGUUGCUUUUGUUAUAGACGAGUCUCACGUCAUUGAGAAUUGGACUGCAGAAAGGAAAAUACAAAUUGAAAAUGCACAUUUUAUUUUUAUGCAUGUCCCGCAUAAUCUUUCAGACCAUUCUGGACCUCUCUCACAAAUAAUCCCGAUAUUUUGCAAAAGAACUUCAAAACUAUCUUGCCCUACUGUUGGCUUGACCAAGGUCACUAUUGAAACGGACUUCCAUGUAUCUCCGUAUGUUACUUUUAAAGAAGCAUUGCAACAUCGGCAAAAUUCGUUCACAUGUUCAGCGUUUUUUUGCGUGUAA